AUGACUGUAGAAAUGUUACAAAACUCUUUGAUUCAGCAGGAGGAUACCAUAACAUUCAGUGGGAAGAUACAAGAAUUUUGGAGUAACUAUUUUGAGAAAAUCGUCCCAGAAAUGGCAAAAGCAAAAAAUAACGAUGAGUGUGGAUCUAUUGCUGUUUGUGACAUUCUUUGCUUACAGGCUCUCUCAAAGAGAAUUCACUAUGGCAAAUUUGUUGCUGAGGCAAAGUUUCAAGAAGCCCCUUCUAAAUAUGAAGCUGCAAUUAAAGCAAAAGACAGGAAACUACUGUUGGAAUUGCUGACAGAUAAAACUGUGGAGGCGAUAGCAUUUGGUCAAGUGGUGCAGAUUGAUGAAGCAUACAAUGUAACCAAUCCUACCUAUAAAAUUAAGCCAAGUUUUAUUGCAAAUCUCUUUGAAGAAUGGGUUAUGCCUCUCACUAAAGAGGUGCAAGUGGAGUACUUGUUGAGAAGACUUGACUAA